AUUUGUCAGGUCUCUCCAUUUGCUAAAGUGAUCAGAGGGAAAGUGGUGAAUUGGUUUUUCCCAUGCUCAGUGCUGCUGAGAAGCGAUGACCUCGCUGGCUGGUUCUUUCUGCUGAGUCACGGCCUGCUCGCUGCCUGUGCUGUCCUAACGCUGAGGGUGUUUCUGUCUCUGAUUUACAUCUUUGCAGUCCCGCUGGCCUUGGUGGGAGUUAGAGGGGUGUAUCGUGCUCCGAUUGCCUGUGAAAAUGAAAUCACCUGCCAUGGAAAACCUUGAUAGAGUUGUGAAACAAGUUGCAAAACUCACCUGUAAGGAGAAUGAGCUCUGUUCUAUGGGUGAAGAAACAGCAGUACGGGCCAAAAGGAAUGGAGGGGAAGAAAGAGCCUGGACUGAGAAUUGUAGGAUAAAUCCACAGGUCCUUCUCCCUGUAAAUGAAACCGCCCUAUGAACACGAAGUGGGCAGAGGAGCUCUGUGCAGUAAUUAAAGUCUAUGUCAGCUGUCAGCCUGCUGUGCGUACAGGUAACUUUGCUGAGAGAUGGCGGAGCAGCGUCAGGACGUCACCAUGAUGGAGGAUCACGCAGCUGGCCAGGAGAAGCACAUCCCAUCAGGCUAUCCCCUUCAGAUACCAGUCGAUGAUGGAUCGGAUGAGCCUGUUUCUGAAACAUCUGACGCUAAGAGCACCCCAACUACGGAAGAUGCCACAGCACCUUUAGUGGAGGAAGGAGACCACGAGGAUCAGGGUGGUGUCGAACAGCACGGGGAGAUCCCAGAAGGAACCACAGCUGAAGAGGCAGGCGUAGGAGCCACCCCCAACCUGGAGGACCACGCUGCAGGAGAUGCCGCUCAAGGGGAGCCAAGCUCUCCAAAGCUACAGCCUGGCCCUCAGGAGCGUGUGGGAGAUGCAAUAAAAAGAGAAAGCCAGCCCACAAAGCAGGUAGCUGGGGUUCUUCAGCAGCCUCUUCUGUCACAUGAAGCCAAGGCUACAGCAGCAGCACCCACCAGAAUCGAGGUCACCAUCCCAAUACCCCUGGAUAUGUACCAAGACUCCAGAGCAUCUGAAGAAAGAAAUGAGUUGUGGGAUCAUCGAGGCAGAGAAGGCAUUGGUGUGGAUCCAGCGCUGGGAGCAGCACUAGGUCAUGAUGUGCGCACUGAGGGCUUGGCAGGAGCAGAUGGCACAGAUGACUCCCACGUUAAAGAUGGGCCAUCUCCUUUAUAUACCAGAGCCCCAUUAAAAGAAGAUGCCAGUGGACAGGAAAGAGAUGAGGACCGUGAUAUUGAUGAAACUUCUGAACAGGAUUUGCUUUCCCUGGUGGGUCAGCAUGUUUCACCAGGACCUGAAACAGGCUUGUGUCCAGCAACAGCCAAGGAAACUCUUGAAGAAUAUGCCUUUGGAGAAAGCAAGUCCAAAGAUGUCCUCAGAGACAUACCAAGAGAGGCGCUUCUUGUUGACACUGAAUCACGUAAAGCAGGAGGGGACCAAGAGGAGAGGAGACAGCCAUUGAAGGGGGAAGAAGACACGGAUGUCACCCCAUCAGAGCCUUCUGAAAUCAUCUCCCAAAAAGAAGCUGAGCCUGGGGAGGGAGAAGAUUCUGGACCCUUGCUAGAAACAGCCAAACUCACCGCUGAGUUGAAAGAUGAUGUGGAAGACAAAGGUGCUCCUUUGGAAGAGGCUGUGCCAGAUGCAGGAGAAUGUCGGUCACCCAAGAAGAAACCUUCUGCUCAUGUUGCAGAUAAAGCCGUCAGUCGCGUCCCUCUCCUAAAAGGUCGUAUUGACAAGGAAGGGACUGAAGCUGAGGAAAAGAAGCCGAAGAAAUCCUCACCUUCCACUGCCAAACCCCCAGGUGAUAGACCCUCCAUCCCCCCCCAACGACACACCUCCUCUAGCACAACCCCUUCGAAAACACCCUCCAGCCCUGCUUCCACCUCUAAACGAGUCUCUUCUGUCACAUCCCGACCUGCCAGUACAGGAACACAAGAAAGGAAAGCCAAGGGCCCGGAGAUGAGAGGUGGCACGAAGACGGCCACGCCGCGCUCUGCAGCUGGGCAGGCUCAGAGGAACUCGACCAAUGCCACGCGCAUCCCAGCAAAGACACCCACGGCUCCCAAGACACCUCCCAGCUCCGGCAGAAAGGAGCAGAAAAAACCACCUCCUGCAGCAGCAAAGUCUGAGAAAGGUGAGCAGCCAAAGUCUGGAGACAGAAGCGGUUACAGCAGUCCCGGCUCCCCCGGGACUCCAGGCAGCCGUUCCCGCACUCCCUCUCUGCCCACCCCACCAGCCAGGGAGCCCAAGAAGGUGGCAGUGGUUCGCACACCACCGAAAUCUCCUGCAUCUGCCAAGAGCCGCGUCCAGCCAUCAGCCGCGCCCAUGCCUGAUCUGAAAAAUGUGAAGUCCAAAAUUGGCUCAACUGAAAACCUGAAGCAUCAGCCCGGAGGUGGCAAGGUGCAGAUUAUUAAUAAGAAGCUGGACUUUAGCAGCGUUCAAUCCAAGUGUGGCUCAAAGGAUAAUAUCAAACACAUCCCGGGAGGAGGCAGUGUGCAGAUUGUUAAUAAGAAGUUGGACUUUAGCAGCGUUCAAUCCAGGUGUGGCUCAAAGGAUAAUAUCAAACACAUCCCAGGAGGAGGCAGUGUUCAAAUUGUUUACAAGCCGGUCGACCUGAGCCAUGUGACAUCCAAAUGUGGUUCCCUGGGCAAUAUCCAUCACAAACCAGGUGGUGGCCAGGUGGAGGUGAAAUCUGAGAAACUGGACUUCAAAGAUAAGGUGCAAUCGAAAAUCGGGUCCUUAGAUAACAUCAGCCACGUCCCUGGAGGAGGAAAUAAAAAGAUUGAGACUCAUAAGCUGACUUUCCGCGAGAACGCCAAAGCCAAGACUGACCACGGCGCCGAAAUCGUUUACAAGUCCCCUACCAUCUCCGGAGAUGCCUCCCCGCGCCGCCUUAGCAAUGUCUCCUCCACCGGCAGCAUCAAUAUGGUGGACUCCCCCCAGCUCGCCACGCUAGCCGACGAAGUGUCUGCUUCGCUGGCCAAGCAGGGCUUGUGAUUGGGGCAUGGCGGUCGAAGAUGAGAGAAGACAAAAAAAAAAAAAACAAAAAUAAUAAUCUGGCCUUCUUCCUCUGUUCCUUUUACAGCUGCUUCCCCAUCCCCUAACUGGUUAAUGAUUUAACCUGCUUUUACUGUUCAUUCAGCUCUAGCUCCAGGACUUCAAAAAUCAGUGACACUAUGAGGUACAAAACCUGCUCUCCCCUUGCUCCUCGGAGCGCACAGCCUGUGCCUGUCCCCCAUGCCCUCCCCUUGUCCCCCAUGAGGUCCCUCACUAUCCCGGCCCUGCCUGGGGCCACCUGCCCUGGCAGAGACCCCCCCCCCCACUGCCCUGGGAAAGUGGGGGGGGGGGGAGGGGGGGGGAGGGGGGGUAGAGGAGGGCAGCCACAGCAUGAUGCUGACCUGAGCACCCCACACGGCAGCGGGAGGGCCUGACGGGAAGGGGAUGGCACCAUCCCGCACUCGCCCCCAGCGUUGCCUGGGCUGGAGGUCUGGCCUUGCAGGCAGCCCAGGUAGUGGGUGCUGCAGCCAGGGACUGCAGGGAGGUGCCCCCCUUUCUGCAUUAAAUUUGCCUGCUGAAUUGGAAGAAACCUUUUGUUUUUACCUCCGAAAGCCGAGAUGUGUAUGAAGAUAACUGCCAGGUAUCCCCAAACCUGCUCUCAGCUCCGGCAGCUGGAGUACUGGUGAGGCCGAGGUAUCCCAUUGCGGAAGGGGCCCCGGACGGCUGUUCCCCUCUCCGUGGCUGUGCUGGAACCGCUGAGUGGAUGAGUAGAGGCUUUUCCCCAUUCCUUUGGCAGCCCCUCGUGUUGUAGAGUAGAUUUGUCUGUAUAUGCUUGGACCGUGCCAGGGUGAUUGUUUUCAUAAACGAGCAUGUGUUUAAAAAAAAUAAAAAUGCUGUAAGUAGUUUUGAGCUGCCCCACGCCAGCUCUGCCGCAGCUCGGCCAGGAGGGUCCAAGGGGGAGCUUUGCUGAGCUCCGGGUUGUGCCCAGACCUGGCCCCGGCGCCGCAUGUCUGCCGGGCACAUGGGUGGGUGCAGAGCUGCUGCCCUGCUCCCUGGGAGGGUUGGGGGGGCUGCGUUGGGGGCAUCCCGGCUCUGCGCACCUCCCAGGGCCUGGGGACACUACACGAGGGGUGCUCGCAGCUCCAGGGCUGGCAUGGCCCCUGGAUUUGGGUGCAGCUUGUAACAUUUUUGGGUUGUUCUUUUUUUUUUUUCCCCCCCCCCCCCGCAAGGUCAGCUAAGAGAUCGCGGAAGUGGCGGCUCGAUGGCUCUGCUGUUCUCAUGCCGUUGGCAGCGGUAGGAGACAACCGGGAGGACGCGAGGGGAAGGCACGAGGGAGGUUUUAGCUGGCGCGUGGUGGUGGCAGCUCCCCCAGGGCCCAUCCUGAGCUUGGGGACCAGAGGCUGCUCCGGGCACUGAACCCUCCCCACCGCUCCGGGGUGCUCUCCUGGUUUGCAUUUGCAGCAUGUUACCCCUCAGGGUGUCCCCUUCACCCAGCACUAGCCCUCCCCCCCCCAGCACCACCCAGGGGAAAAGAGCUGAUUGAGCCAUUUCUUUUGCUACUUUUGUUCCUGUGGCACCCUAGGGAGCGCGAGGGGGUGGCCUGGGGCUGUGUGGCACCCAUGGCCGUCCCUUCCUUCUACAACCAAAGAGGCUGAGGUGCGAUCAGCGCAGCUCAGUGUGUGUUCUCCCUCCUCGUCUCCCCCCCCCGAGAGGCACCAGCCGCGCUGCGGGGAUAGAGCUGGCAAUGGUGGGGAGGGCGGAGGGGUGCCCGGGGGGGGCCGCAGGCCAUGCACCCCAAGGGCCGCACUGCAGGGAAGGGGGGGCCAAAAUCCUGGUCUGACUUGGGGGGCUCACCGGCGCGUGGGGCACCCAUCGUCCUUGGGACAGAGGCCAAGGCUGUUUGGAGCUGUUAAGUGGGGCAGGGCAGCAGUUCCUCCCUGGACAGGCCCCGCUCCCACCCUGCGCAGGAGCCAAUGAACCUGCCGCGCUGCUGCGGCCUUGGCACACCCUGUGCCGGCUCCACCGGGGUUUUCUGAACUGUGCUGGGCUGCUGCUGCUGCAGGGGGACAGCCCGAGCAGGAGGGUGUCUGUCCAGCGCUGGAGGAGGACGGUUGUGUCUGGUGGGAUGGUGGUUGGGAGGGGAGGGGGGUCCAACCCUUGUCUCUGCAGCCCCAGGAGCUGCUUUACUGCUGGGGAGAGGCUGGCCCAGCACCAACAGGAACAGCCCAAGCAAAAGCCCAUGUCCAGCUUGUCACUCGCUCUGUUUCAGUUGACUCUACGAUUGUAAGACUCUGUACUCCAGUCCGUGACUUUGUAUCGCUGUAGGACAUAGGAGCUGCUGCGGUAUUUUUGUCCUCUGUAAAAUGAGCAAGUGGGAGAACCACCGAAUGCCGGUCACCCCUUUUAACCCUUUUUGGCUGCAAGAUGGCACAUAGCUGAGCUUGCCCAUCCCGGGCCUGCGCCACCCCCGGCCCCUCAGUGCGGCACCUGAAGGACACCGACACCCCAGGCCAGGGGCGUCCUCGGCGUGCGGCGAGCUCCAGCGAGCAGCCCCUUCCCGCUGCCGACGUCCUCGGCUGAGCACGCGUCACCAGCCCCGUCUGCCGUCCUUCUUGCACCCCUGCAGGGGCCACCGGGGGUCCCGGGACCGCCCUUUCCAUGCCCUGCAGCUCCCGCUGUCCCCUUCCAGCAGCCCGAGCCACAUCCCAGCCCCGACCCCACAUUCAGACCCAGGCCUGAGGGUUCCCACGAGCAGCUGGACAGACUGACCCAUGGCUUUUCCUUUACUCCACACACAUCUUGGUCUGAAAAGGGUUAAAACUGGCACUGAUUCAAAAACCCAUGUUUCUGCACUCAAAACAAAAACGCUUGUUAAAUGAACUCCCCGUGUCAGACUGCCGGUGGUGCUGGCAGCCCCGUGUUCCCCUGUGCUGGGGAGGGGAGGAGGGAAGGUUUGAUCUCAGUGUAUCAUUCUAGCUUAGCUUCUGUCUGUGAAUGUCCAUAGUGUAUCGUGCGUUUUAACAACUGGUUUACACUGUUGCCGUAAAAGUGGAUUUGGAAAUAAAGUCAUUACUACGAUA